GAUCCCAAAAAGAAAUGAUCGGCCUGUCGUAAACGACCAAUUAUUAGUUUAUUUACUUGAGAAUCUUUACAAGCUAUCAAUUUUACUACAACUACAGCUACAACUCUUAUAAAGGAUGUUGAUUUCCUUGUUUUGAAAUUAUAGUUAUGUUGUGAUCGUACAUAUUUUAAUUUUAGAUAUACUUGUUAAUUGUACUUCGCUUUAUCAAUAAAAAUUUUAAUAAUGGCUUUUAAUCUUCUUUCACGAUCGUCAACUAUUCAUCGUUUUAUUGUGAAAGAUUUAACAGUUUGUUGGUUGAGAAAGGUUCAUGUGAGGCAUAAACAGACUAUUUUUUCUGGAAUUCAGCCAACAGGAGUUCCACAUUUAGGAAAUUACUUUGGUGCCAUUAAGAAAUGGUCUGAUCUUCAAAAUGAAGGAAAGAACUGCAUUUUCAGCAUAGUAGAUCUACAUUCGAUAACAUUACCUCAAGAUCCACUUCAAUUAAAAUAUAACAUCCAUUUAAUGACUGCUUGUCUGCUAGCAUGUGGUAUAAACCCUGAUUUAUGCAUAUUAUUCUUACAAUCACAAAUACCACAACACACUGAACUAGCCUGGAUUUUGGGUUGUCUAACAACUAUGCCUCGAUUAGCUCAUCUGCCACAAUAUAAAGACAAAUCAUCAUCAUUGGAGAACAUACCUUUAGGCUUAUUUGUGUAUCCUGUCUUACAAAGUGCAGACAUUUUAUUAUAUAAAUCUACUCAUGUUCCUGUAGGUGAAGAUCAAAUUCAACACAUUCAACUGACUCAGCAUUUAGUCAAAGUAUUUAAUAACAAGUAUGGAAAAAUAUUUCCAGUUCCUGAAGCAUUAAUAGAUGAAACCUGUGCACGUGUUAAGGGCCUCAGAGAGCCAGACAAGAAAAUGAGCAAGUCCGACAAAAACUUUAAAAACAGAAUCGACCUGACAGACUCUCCUGACAUCAUAACAAAAAGAAUAAAAGAAGCCCUCACUGACUUCACGUCGGGCGUCACAUACGACAUGGAAAAACGUCCGGGUGUCGGUAAUCUGAUUCUCGUCCACAGCCUGUGCUCAGGAAAAUCCUUUGAAGAAAUCUGUAAGGACAGUGAAAGCCUGGACACUGGCCAGUACAAGUUGGUUGUCGCUGAAGCUGUGAUAGAGCAUCUAAAGCCGAUACAAGAACAAAUAAAGAGAAUAAUGUCCGAUCGUGGAUACAUCGAAAGGAUUCUUAAAACUGGAUCUGAGAGAGCAAUUGAAAUUGCAUCCAAGACAAUGAAUGAAGUUAAAACUUCUGUAGGUCUUACAGUAGAAGGCUGUCAAUUAAUUAAAUAACUAAUUGUGAUAUUAAAUUAUUAGUCUAUUUUUAAUAUGCAAUUCUGUGAUGUUAUACUAUGUUUUGUAACUGAGAGAACUAAAAUUAGCCAAAAAUAAAUAAUUUUUUGACAUAUUUUUACCUGUUUAUCUAGACUCAGUAUCUUACCUGGUUAUUCUAGACUCAAACUCAUGGCUAUUUCUUUGCCAGUAGAAGAUUCUUAUGAUGCUAACUUUGAAACAUUAAUUUGCAUUUUAUAGAGUUCUGUGUUAUAUAGAUCAUAUCAUUAAGCUUACUGACUAAGCUUCACAAUAUACAGGGGCUGUUUUUUAAGUAAAGGCUGUUUUCUUAUGUACACUUAAUAGGUGGUGUGUGUGUCACAACGAGUGCUUACCUCGUGUCCUAGCAUUCCAUGAAAACAACUGUGCCCAGUUACAGCUGUGUAGGGAAUCUAUGUGUUCAGUUCUAUGUCUUUAAAAUGUUCAAGUUCAACAAAUCAUCCGCCACAUAUGAGGUACGGUCAGUGUUGCGUUUUUAGUAGGCAAAAAACCUAUCUACUGAAUGCUUUCACCGGUAGAUUUGUGAAGUUUAUGAUGCUUAAUACUGGUAUGCUGACAAAUUUUGCUACUUUAUGACUCUCCCCACAACUCAGUCUCGAGCUUUAUUGAACUCAUUUGGCUAGGAAGUUUUGGACCACCCCUCAAUACAGUCCAGACCUUGCGCUAAGGGAUUUUCAUCUUUUCCGAUGUUUCACACAUCAUUUUGACAGCUACCAGUGCUGCGAUGACGUCCAGUACAUGAAAACGCCAUGAUCAUUUGUUUAUCGGAGCAGACGACAAGUUACUAUGAAGAGGAUAUUCUAAAUCUAGUUGUAAGGUAUGAUAAGUGCUUAAGCAAACUUGACAACUAUUUUGAAAAAAAGGAAAUUAAAAUUAAAAUAGUGUUAGUGAUAGAAUUAAAAUAAGUGGAAUUAAAAAAUAAAUUAGCUUCAUGAGAAUUUUCUUUCUUUUGGUUUUUAUUUUCAAACAGCCCUUACUUAAAAAACAGCCCUAGUAUAUCUGGAACAUAUUAUUCAAAUGUUUUUAAAUUAUUUCCAACUGCAAAUUACUUUAAAACAAAAAAACUUGUGCUUAGGUAUUUCUUAUUUACAGAAAAAAAAUUUAAUUAUCCAAAGCAAUAUAAUCAAGAAGAACAAGAAAAUAUAUUAAUUUUGUUUGCUUUAGAGUUUAAAACCUGUUUAGAGUUUAGUUAGCAAAUAAUUUUUCUUUCAGCCUUUGAACGGUUGAUGAUUCUUUCUCAGCAUCAGAAAAUCCUUUAAUAUGAUUUUCAUGGUUUAUACCUAUAAAUGAUUAUAAUUUAUUACAACCUAGUUAUUAUAAUAAAUUAUUAUUAUUUUGCGAAUUAUAGAAUUGUGUUAUAUAGAUCUUCUGCUGCAUUAUAUGAUUUUUAAAAGGUUUUAUUAUAAUUCAUUUUUGUACAAUUUAAAAUUGUUAAAUGUUAAUGUUUAAUUAAAAGUUGCCUUGAAUGCUGGGUUCAUAAUUUACCUAAUAAAUAAUAGUUUGUUCUUAUUUUCCCUAAUUUUUAAUGUUUGAUGUUUCUGAUUUACAUUUGAAACGUGAUCUGAUUGAUUUGAAAACGUGCUGUUAAGGCUUCAUUUAUUUAUAUUUCUGUAUCAGUAUUGGUUAUUUUAUAUGUUUAGCAUAUUAAACCUCUUUUUCCUUUCCUCA